AUGUCUAGGAAGGUCGUACAGCCGCCGUCGCUUCGAAUCAUACCGCCGCUCAACUUUUGUCCGGUGGAAAAACAGCUCUAUAGAUCCGGUCAACCGCUGAUAAUCAACCAGUCGUUUCUCCAGGACCUCAAUCUCAAAACAAUAAUUUGGUUGGCCAGUGAAGAACCACAGGAAGAAUUUUUGGACUACUGCUCGAUGAACAGUAUCAACAUUGAAUUUGUAGGAAUGAUCAAUGAUGAUUAUAGUUACCAGAAUGUGAAUCCAUGGGAUUCCCUUAACGAAACCACCAUCAAGAAGGCUUUGGAACUUAUUUGUGACCGUAAUAAUUACCCCAUGUUGGUGUGCUGUGGUAUGGGUCGUCAUCGUACCGGCACUGUAAUUGGGUGUUUAAGACGACUUCAAGGCUGGAAUCUCGCCAGUGUUUCGGAAGAGUACCGUCGCUUUACCGGAGCUCGAGGAGGACGGAUCUUAGUGGAAUUGUUGAUUGAGGGUUUUGAUAUUAGUACUGUGGAGAUUGGAUCCGGAAAAGGUUCCUCAAUGGCUCGGAAAAAGAGAUAA